AUGGAGCAAGGCAACAUGUCCAAUGUUCAUGAGUUUAUACUCUUGGGAUUCACUGAUAAUCGAAAACUUGAAUCCUUUGUCUUCAUUUUGUUUUUAAUGAUAUAUGUUUCUACUCUUACAGCCAACAGUGGACUCAUUUUUAUAACUGUGAAUGUUUCUAAGUUUCACAACCCAAUGUAUGUCUUUCUCAGCAGUCUGUCUUUCACGGAUCUUUGCUAUUCUAAUGUUAUAAUUCCCAAGAUGCUAUAUGAUAUUUUUUCAAAAAAGAAAUCUAUUACUUUUAUUGGCUGUGCAUUGCAAUUAUAUUUCUUUAUUGUGUUUAUAUGCUCAGAAACCCACAUUCUGUCUGUUAUGGCAUAUGACCGAUAUGUAGCAAUAUGUCAUCCUUUACGAUAUUCUACCAUAAUGAACCGAAGAAAAUGUAUUGUUUUUAUUUUUCUUGUAUAUGUGUUUGCAUUCGUCAUUUCAGGAAUUCACACGUCUUGUGUUUUUACUUUAUCGUUUUGUGGACCAAACGUCAUCAACCAUUUCUUUUGCGAUAUGUUUCCGCUUGUGGAACUUUCAUGCAGUGAUAAAAAUAUAAACAAGGACAUUAUGUUUGCUAUAAUAUUCUUAUUUGGAAUAUUUUGUUUUCUGUUAAUCAUGACUUCAUAUGUUUAUAUUUUCCUUACAAUACUACAUAUCCACUCAACUGAUGGAAGAAACAAAGCUCUUUCAACAUGCAAUGCGCAUCUUUCUUGUGUCUUCUUGUUUUUUGGAACUGCUUUUUUUGCUUAUUUACGUCCAAGUUCUACUAACUCGUUAAGUUAUGAUAAAGUUGUAUCUGUCUUUUACACAACAAUAAUACCAUUGAUAAAUCCAGUCAUUUAUAGCUUAAGAAACACAGAAGUAAAGCGAGCAAUACAUUUCGCAAGUGACCCUAAAGUGGCUGAAGAUCCAAUUAUUGGGUUCAAUAUAAUUGAAGAAUUAGUCAGUCAAGAGAAGAGGGUAGCAGGAACAUCAGUCAAGAUUAUACAGAUGAUGAGCACCGCAUUUUCAGUAACAGCAAAGACAGCUGAAACCAUGCUGAAAUUCAUGCAGACUUAA